AGAUACAAUCUGGGGACUUUAUUGGAGGCUGUUAUUAGAUGCUUACAAUGCCUACUCGUCAUCCUCGUUGGACUGGCGUAAGCGUUCGCCGUUUCGAUGGUCGCGCAAAGGCUCCGUAGAUCGAAAUUUCAUUUGUAGAGCCUUUACAGUUUUUGCGUAAAGCCGCUAGCUCCGCAGAAGUGAGCUGCUGCGUCAUGGCAGCGAGUGAUGACGCUUUUGACCAGUUUGACGAUGACCUCACGGAAGGAGCUGAAGUGCAAGUUGGGGACCGACGCAAAAGACUGUUUUCGAAAGAACUGCGGUGCAUGAUGUAUGGCUUUGGAGAUGACCAGAAUCCGUACACAGAGUCUGUGGACCUCUUGGAAGACCUCGUCAUCGAGUUCAUAAUUGAAAUGACUCACAAGGCGAUGGAGAUUGGGCGCACGGGCCGUGUUCAGGUGGAGGAUAUAGUGUUUUUAGUGCGUAAAGACCCUAGAAAAUACGCACGUGUUAAGGAUCUUCUCACUAUGAAUGAAGAACUGAAGAAGGCUAGAAAAGCAUUCGACGAAGUGAAGUAUGCAUCAGUGUAGUCAUCGUAGCUUCUAAUGUGUGUCUGAAAAUGAAAUAAACAAACAAAGGUGAUGCCUCA